UACGGAGUCUUCAGUCUUCGGCUGUGUAUUUAAAAGCCUUUUGAAGAAGAAAGACCCCCUCGACUUUCUUCCAACUUCGUUCUAAAAUGGUGAGAAUAAGCAAAGCCCUUCUGAAAGAAGCCAGCUCCGGUUUCACCAACACGCUCUCCCAAAUCCUUGUCUGCCCCCUCUCCAAACAACCUCUAAGGUAUUGUGAGGCGUCGAAUUCUCUUAUCAGCGAUACGAUUGGUGUUUCUUUCCCUAUAAGGGACGGAAUUCCUUGUUUGGUGCCGAAGGAAGGAAGAAUAAUCGAAAAUGAUGAUGCAUUGAAAGGUGAGGAUACUGUUGAGAUUACUCGAGAAAAAUGAGCGCUGGUUUGUUUGGGGGUGGAAGACAAUUUUUUAUUUCUUGAGCUCAAUAAUGAGAAGAGAUGUCAACACAACGCCACAACACUUCACACUUGUAUUUUUAAGUUUCCACUUUAGAAUGAAUUGAAUGGUUUCAUUUUCUCAAACUGCCUGUUGUUGCCCAAUAAUAGUCAGAUUAGACCACUUGUCCACAAUUCUUUCUUAGGGUGAUUUGAAAUUGUUAAACAAGAGAAUAUCCUCGAAAAUUUUCUGUUCAAAACUUUUGGGCUUGUGCUGAACUAUCUGAUGGUAAUUUGAAAAGUUGCUGGUUUCACCUA